AGUCCAAACCUACCACACCCCGGCAUGCAAGUUGAUAGCUCAACCGUUUGCUCUCCCGUUGAACACAGCCCAGCUUUUGAACCGCGUCUUUCAGAUGAAACCGCACGCCACAGCAGGGAAACUCAGUCGUCAAGCCGAGGAUUCUCUCUCAACCCACACGCCACACAGUUUCAGCCAGCCGGUAAAAAACUUUCGGCUAAAACAGAAGAGUCGGCCUCGCCCGUGAUGCAACAUUUUGAAGAACCGCAACCUGUUAGGGACGUAUUUGAUAAAUUCCCAGCGGAGUUAAUAUCUUCUCUUACAAUGCCUGUGUUUUCAACGGAGUCCAUCUGGCAGACGCUAGAGAGUCAGCAAAAAGACUACAGCUGGGGCCAGCUUCCAGAGCGUGACCAGGCGUCACGUGAUAUGGAAACAGAUCAGCAGACGGUGAAGUUUGUUGCCUACAUGUCCUUGGACACGCCAUCGCCAGAAAAACAAACCCCAGGAGCCGCUUACACCGGUGGCGAGUCUUCAUCAGAUCUUUAUCCCAUCCAGCAAUGGAUAGAAUCUUGUGAAGAGAGCAUACCCAUGGACCAAACGGACCAAGCUGAACAGAGAUCGAAAAAUCUGGGAGCCAUCGGUAGUCAGCGGCUGCCUCAGCUACAGAAUUUUUUCGGCGAUUCGAACGUGCGUCCGAAAAAUGUAAACUUGAAUAGUUUAUUUGAGAAAAACACGAAGCGAGCCGCCAGUCAACAGCAGACGUUGGAGGAGAGCCCGGAGGCCUGUGAGGUCGAAAACAUCACCUACGGCGCCCCUCCCCACAAGAAGCUCGCCCCUCAACAAAAACCAAAACCGGCGGCUCAGGAUUAUUUUUUCAUCCUGCAUGAUGACCAAACAAAAGGGUUUAUUCCUAUUCGAAAUCCGGAAGUUCACGAAAGGUCUCCGGAAAUCGCCCACCCUCAGCCCGUUGUUCAACACGUUAUAAAACCCACAGUCACUCGACCAAUCGUGGGGGCAAGGGCGAUCGCGGACAGCGGUAUUAUCUCUGCGUUUAAGAAAGUGGAGGGCUACGUGAAGUUGAACAGCGAGAAACCGUGGCUAUUACCAUGGGAACGAGUAAACAAAACCGGCGUUGAUCUGAAAAACACGAUCUGUGAAAGGUGCAAAGUGAAAUACCGCUGGCCCCAUCUUCUUCUGUGCUGCCACAGGUUCUGCUACAAGUGUAUGGGGGAAAUGCAAGACGUGGAACAAAAGAAGAUUCAGUGCCCUUCAUGCUGGAGUAUAACUCCAUUGAACGAGAAAGGCCUGAACGGGCUGCAGCUUGAUGUUCAGCGUUGCCGAGAGAUGCUCCAAAUGCAGCAAACUCCUUUCCUUUGCACCUUCUGCUCCGAUGAGAAACAAACGGUUCUGUUCUGUAAGACAUGCAUGAACUUCCUGUGCAGUGACUGUAGCCAGAUUCACAUGGAUAAUUUGCCAGCGCAUGAACUUGGACCCGUGACUAAAGUUCGGGUCAACGAGAAUGGAGAGUUUCAUCCUACCUGCGACGCCCACGAAGGAGAGCUCGUCGAGUUGUAUUGUCGAGGCUGCCGGGUCCUCGUCUGCAGGAUCUGCAUCAUGAACGAGCACAGCGGCCAUGACCUUUGCGACUUCGAGUCGGCGGGGGACGACGCGAAGAAGCGGGUGCUGACGAUCAACGCGAUGUACUCCACCUUGCAAAAAGGCUACCGCAAGCAGAUGCAGUCUCUGAACGGCGUCCGGCAACAGCUGGAGGACGGCGACAAGGCGCUGAGAAACGAAAUAAACCGAGCCUGCAAUAAACUGAUCGAGGACAUCCGGGGUGAGGAAAGACUGGCAAAAAACCUGGCUAAUGUUGCUUAUGAGGAGGCGAUCAACACCAUCCGGAAUUUGGAGCAAGAAGCGGAUCAUUUUCUACAAGACUAUAACCUCUACAGCGAUUUCCUGGCUACGUUUGUUGAUAGACACAACAUAGAAACAUUCAUAGCCUUGUAUAGAACUUUGGUGGCAGUAAUCAACAAGAUGUCCAAAUACAACAAGAGCUAUGACUCGCUGAGAGCUGAUUUAAUGGCCAGUAUCAGGUUUGAUCCCAACUACCCCGAAUUCAAUGACGUAGUACACGAAGCCUUCAGCAACAUAAAAUUCGAGCACAGUUUGACUCCGGAUCGCCUAUCACCAAUCCUGAGAGAGAGAAUCGUUUUUGACAAUGUAACCGAACAACCGUUCGGCCACAGUUACAGAUACGACACAGAAGUACCAUUUAUAAACAAUUCGGUUAAAGGAGUAUCGACUACUUCAAAUUCCGAACAUGGCUCUCAUCCAGAUUUCAUAAGGGUGACCACCCCAUACAGCCGAUCUUUCGGCCAGUUUGGGCGAGGCAUGUACGAAUUCGCGGAGCCAAACGGAGUUCUCUACCUCCAUGACGGUUCGUUAGCUGUAGUGGACUCAAAAAACCACCGACUUGCUGUUUUCCGUGAUGACGGAAACUUCAUGCGAAUAAUUGGAGAACCUCCGAAUUUGCCUCCACUAGACGCGAAGAAUGGACACUCGGACAGGCUUUUGGCUAGAACCCACGGUACUCUACUUUUCCCUUACAGAGCCGCCCAGUGUCCUAAAACUCGGAACAUCAUCGUCGUGGAAAGACCUCCUAGCCUUGCCAUCUCAAUCUUCACGUUCGAAGGAGAGUUCAUUCGCAUUCUUGCCAACACCAAGCUGAGCUACCCCAGAGGGAUCACAGUGGACGAGAAUGGAUUCAUCCUCAUAGUUGAAAGCAGAACCAUGAAGUUUUUCAUAUACAGCCAAACAGGCAACGAAGUGGCACAGAGUUACCUCGCUACACAUCUUCAGUUCCCGAACGACAUUGCAGCAAGGAACGAACUGAUUUACAUAAGCGACAACAGGUCGCACUGUGUCCACAUCUUCAGCUACAGCCUACAAUGGCAGGGCUCCAUCGGGAACGAAAGCCUGACCUACUUUCCCAUCGGCGUCUCUUUCAACCAUCUUGGACAGGUGGUCAUCACCGACAACCACAACACGUUCAACAUUUCCGUUUUCGAGCCUGAUGGGAGAUUUGUGUGCGGGUUCAAGUCACGCUCCAAGCACGCGAACUGCUACAAUGUGGCCUUGCACCCUUACCGGAACGAGCUGGCUGUAACCACCAAAGAGUGCAAGGUGCUAAUAUUUCACUUCAACUUCGACACAGACCCAAGGGACGGACCUUCGUCAAUGAACUGAAUACAAAUUUAGUGUAACAACCUCAGGACAGUCUGCAGAGCUUGUUAAGUUUGGGUUUGUUUGGAUUAAAGAGGGGAAUGGGGUGUUAUGGACGUUACACUGUUGCAUUGAUCUGCUAUAUUUUUUACUGUAACUUUGUUUCAUGCUUUUCUAUUUUUAUUGAUGUUUUUAAUGUAAC